AGGAGAGAGCUUGACGGGAGGGGGGGGGGUGGCCAGCGGGACAGGACGAAACCUGAGCGGAGGUGGCGGAGGAUUCGCUCCCGGAGCAGCUGCAGCCAGGUAUAUGAGUGACCUACAGCUGCAAAUAAAGACGGAGAGAGAGCAGUGCCAACUGCGAGCAGGGCAAGGAUGCCAAUUCCUCCUCCCCCCCCACCCCCACCUGGCCCUCCUCCACCUCCCACCUUUAAUCAGGCAAACACAGAACAGCCCAAGCUGAGUAGGGAUGAGCAGCGGAACCGAGGUGCCCUCUUACAAGACAUUUGCAAAGGGACCAAACUGAAGAAAGUGACCAACAGUAAUGACCGCAGUGCUCCUGUUAUUGAGAAGCCCAAAGGAAGCAGUGGUGGUUACGGCUCUGGAGCCGCUGCUCUGCAGCCCAAGGGAGGGCUCUUCCAAGGAGGAGUGCCGAAGCUCCGGCCUGUGGGAGCCAAGGACAGCCCAGCUCCUCCACCCCCACCACCCAUGAUCCGAAAUGGUGCCCGGGAUGCUCCCCCUCCACCCCCACCAUACCGAAUGCAUGGAUCAGAACCCCCGAACAGAGGAAAGCCCCCACCGCCACCCUCAAGGACACCAGCUGGGCCACCCCCUCCUCCUCCACCACCUCUGAGGAAUGGCCACAGAGAUUCCAUCACUACUGUCCGGUCUUUCUUGGAUGAUUUUGAGUCAAAGUAUUCCUUCCAUCCAGUAGAAGACUUUCCUGCUCCAGAAGAAUAUAAACAUUUUCAGAGAAUAUAUCCCAGCAAAACAAACCGAGCUGCCCGUGGAGCCCCACCUCUGCCACCCAUUCUCAGGUGAAGCCUGGUUUGAUCCUGUUCCUCAGGAAAAGAAUGGACCUCCUCUUCUUCUCAGAUGGUCCUGUCCAUUCCCCUAAACCUGCAUGAGAGCUCCUACUGUGUUUCUCCAGUGCAACCAACCCUGGACUCAAAGCAUCCUCCCAGCUCACUUCCAUCUAUGCAGUUCGUCUCUGGAUUUGGUGAUUGGACUCUUUCUGUCGGCAGUGGGGUCUUAAGCCCUACAUCUAUCCCAUUUCUAGCAAGUCCUGCCAGUCUGUGUCUCCUGCUUUCCAUGGGGAAAGGUGCCUUGUGGUGGAUGGACUCAUUGUUGGGCAGGAUGGAGAAUGCUGCUCCUCUGUGUUCUUAUCCAGUGUGGGGAAGCUUGGUGGGUGCACUAUAUUCCAUUGUUUAGGAAGAAGCUGGCAUAGCCAGGACUUCUGGGAGAGGGACAUUUAUAGUGAGGCAGGAAAGAAAUGUACAGACAAGUGAUCUGUUUUAAAGGUCAGGUUUGGAGAAAGGACAAGGAUAUGGCUCUGCUUUAUUUUUAGGGGCAUUUGGUUUUGUUCUCAUCCCCCCUCCCCCAUUCCAGGGAUAGGUUGAAUAUACACACUAAAUACUAAUCAAUUAAACUAAAUAUUUAAAAAAGAAAAGGGUGAAAUAAGCUGAGGAUCAGUUUAGAGCUAGUCAGUUCUUCUGCAUCUAAGGGACCAGGAGCCAUUCAAGUCCUCUGGGACUCCCUGCCCCCUUUCCUCAGGGUACUAGGUUGAAGGAUGUUCCCCCGACCCUCCCUGUCCUCAUCCUGCCAAGAGGAAAGUCACUUUUGCCAGGGGCAUUAUUCAGUUAUUAUCCACAAAUUCCAAACACUUCUGGUGGGAGAUAGGGAGAUAUUGCCUGGGUCUUAACCUCAACCUCAAGUCUGCCUCAGUUUUUCUGACUGACCUUGAAGUGAUCAUUGGUUUUGAGUCAGUCAGCUCAGAAUGAUUAAAAAGGCAAGGAGGAGAUACCUUUCUUUCAUGGGAGAAUCUGGCUCUGGGUAGAAUACAAAGGACUUGACAGCCUGCUUAUAAAGAAAAGUUGACAGUCGGCCUGACUGAGCAGGCUCUUCCUUCCUUUAUUCUCACUUGCCUAGAGUGCAGGGGAUAAUGACAAAUUAGGACAGGUUGAGGAGCCAGGAGAAGCUGGGAGGGAUAAUUCAGUAUUCCUGUAGGCCAAGAAGCACAAAGAUGUCAGUGAAGUUUGCCUCCUUAAGGUAGGUCUUCUGUUGGCAGCCGGCAUUAUGUUGUUUCCUUGUCUUCCAGGCCCUAGUUAAAGAGCACAGGGAACAUAGGUGGUAUGUCUGAAGUUGGAUAAUGAGACAAUGACUGUCCUUUCUCCAGUAGAAGGAUGGGGCUCCUGGACACCACAAACUAAAUGAGUUUGAUAUAGCCAUUGCCACAUGCCCAGGCUGCUUUAGGCAGCAGGGAGCAGGGAGACCGAGCUUGAAAUGUGUAGGGCAUUCCAGUUAAGAACUUUAACCAGACCCAUCACAAGCUUAACUUGCCUUAGGGAUCCUUAUAAUCUAUUGGAUCACAGGCUAAGGAUCUGUCCUGAUUCCUGGUAAAAGUCCAAAUCUUCCUAGUGCUAGGUGAGGGAGGACUCAAGUUAUUCAGAGUCUGUUAUCUUUUUCCAUCUCCUGGAUCACAUGGACUCUUGUGACAGACUACAGUUAUAUCUGUCACCAACCUUUUUCUAAUCAUUCAUUAUUUAUUCUUUUUUUUUUCCAAAUCUGUUAGCAGUUACCUCCCAGAAGUAUCCCCAGAAUCCUGCCGUGAGUAGAGAUGAGAGGGGAGUACAAGAGUUGAUACUGCAGCAGAAUUCCAGGGUAGAUGCUAACGCAUUUCUGAACUUUGACUGUGAAGUCUUCCCAUUUGUUUUUGAAAUGGGAGUUGAUGCCUUUUGUACAAUGUUCUCAAAGUGUAUUUUUUUUUAAUCCUUUACUCAAAUAUAGAGCAUCAAGAUGUGUAUCACAAAUAAAGCCAAACCCCAGCUUUUCAUUGGGGCUGAAUCUUCCUCCCCAUGACCUGCUGCUGCCCCUCCCAUUCCCCAGCAUUUGGACUGUGUCACAUGGGUACUGGUUGUAUUUGCAUUGUCUCUGCCUCAUGAAAAAAAUGGGGGAUUGGAAAAAAAAACAAAAAACAAAAACCAACAACAAAAAAGGCCUGGGUCUAGAUAUAAUCAAAUGACUUUUCUCCUUCAGAGCAUGUUGAUGACACAACACCUACUGAAAUCUCUUUUGCCUUAUCCAUUAUUGGGUCCCUCUGAAUAACAGAUUUAUUGCCAUGUAUAUUUGCUAUUGAAGGUGGGAAUAUGAUACUCAUAGUU